AUGGAAAAUGUUCAAGAAAUUAACAUUGCCUCAACAAGCGAAUUGGAUUUGUGCAUAAGCACAAGUGAAAAUAUUGCCGACAUCAUGAACGAUAUUCAUAUAACGCCGAACAACUUACCGCUGAUUCAAGCCAUGGGCGACACAGUGGAUUGUGCAAGUUGUUGUCAAAGUGAUCAGCAGCUAUCGGUUCAAGGACGGAAACCUGGAAUACAUGAUAGAACUGGAGAAAAUGUGUUCAUCGCUGAGGACAUUACCACGAUGCAGAUAGUUCAAAGAAGAAAAAAGAACUUGGUGAAGCAUUCCGGAAAAGUAUAUCUCUGGAAAGCAUUAAACGAAGCCUUGCGUGUGGCGGCCAUUAGUAGGUCGAUAAACUUUGUAUUCGCAGUAUAUUUACCACGGCCGGUCGUCGUUAGGCUUAGGACCGGCCACAUAUCUGCAAGAAUAUUGCCACCACAAAUCGAAAACGUAGUCGAAACGAAAUCAGUACGAAAGGAGGACUCAACAGAUCAUGACAUCAGCGGGGAGCUGAAAGACGGAGAGUCCGUAAAAAAACGAUCAAAAGGAAGGUUCGCAUCCUUUAGAAGACGGCUGAUUAAGAUUGCCAGAACGUUGUGCUGUUGGUGUCCUUCGCCUACAGCAGAUUAA